GACUGCUCUCCAUUUGGCCUGUGCCAAUGGCCAUCCAGAUGUCGUUGCUGUCCUAGUGGAAAGGAAAUGCCAGCUUGACCUCUUUGAUAAAGAUUAUAGGACUGCUCUGAUGAAGGCUGUACAAUGUCAGAGUGAGAGAUGUGUGACCGUUCUUCUAGAACACGGUGCUGAUCCAAAUCUUACGGACAUUGCUGGCAAUACUGCUCUCCACUAUGCCGCCCUUGGUUCGAAUACAUCAAUAGCAGAGAAGCUGCUUCUACAUCAUGCAAAUAUUGAAGUGAGAAACAAGGAUGAACUCACACCAUUUUUACUUGCUGUAAGUGAGAACAAACAGCAAAUGGUGGAAUUUUUAAUAGAAAAAGAAGCAAAUGUACAUGCAGUUGAUAAGUUGCAAAGCAGUCGCCAACUAAUUGCCGAACAUAGAGAAGAAAAACUUAACAAUGAUUUGCAAAGUAAGAAUGCAGUGGCAGAUAAGAGUUCUGAAGAAGAGUCUUUAAGCAGUAUUUCUGUUAAACCUGGUACUGAUGAUUCAUGGCCUACAUCAGAUGAUGAAGACUUUAAUUUUGAUAUCAAGGUAAAGUACUCUUGUGAAAUUUGUUUUCCUGACUGUCCCAAAACCAAACUUGAGAGCACUAAUGAAUGCUUCUGA